UGCGCUAACAUUUGACGUAUCACCUGAGCUAGCUUUCAAAUAAACCGGGAAAUAUCUGUUUAUGUCUGUUUUAUUUGGAAGUGUGUGGUGUGUGACAAUGGCUGACCUGGAAGAAAUCUGCCAACACUUUCAGAAUAAACUCUCAUCCUUGCAGUGCAUUCUGGAUCUGUCUGCUGCUGACUUGCCCCAGCAGAAGAUAAAGAAACUGGGACAAGAAGUAUUGGGACUUGGAAGAAUUCUGGAGGAGUUUGAAAAACGUGUCGACCAGCAGAAAGAGCAACUAAAGCAGUUAAAGGAACUUGAGAAGUUAUUUCAAAAUGAUCUGGAGAGUGUUCAGCACAUGAAGGACAACUUUCCCGCACACAUUCCUAAAAGAAAAAGUCCAGUCAAGGACAACAAACCAGCCGAUGAUCAGCCAGCCCAGGCCGAAAAGACUAAGAAGAUCAGCAGGAACUUAGUGAAAGAGAUGGAUUAUAUCACUACACAGGAAUAUGAGAGCAUCCCUCAUUACAUGAAAGGACGUGUUUCAUAUGAGCAGCUCAAUGCUGUGGUGGAAGGCAUCAACACUGCUGUAGCAGCCAAGUACAGGAUCCUCUGUCAGCCACUGAAGGCUCUUAAUAAUCAUUCACGCAAGUUGCAGCAGCGCUUCAAGGUCCAGGAAACCAAAGAUACAAAAGGACAGUUUUUUGUCGUGGACGAGGACAUACGUGAGUUCACCCAGAUGAAAGUGGACAAACGCUUUCAGGGGAUCCUGAACAUGCUGCGACAAUGUCAGCGUCUCCGUGAGGUCAGAGGGGGCGGACUGGUCCGUUACAUGUUGAUGUGAAAGGACACACUUCCUUCUUAGCCUUAACACCAUGACAACACUGCAGGCUGUAAUUAUGUAUGUUUUAGUGAAGGAGACUGUUGUGGAUUCUAUUGAGCAUUUGUCACAUAACUUGUGUUAAUGAGACAAAGUUUGUUCUUGCUUUGAUUUGGAUUGAAUAUUUACUUACAGGUAAAAUUGCAAAACAUUACAGUCUUAAAGCAUUUAUUUUUACUCUUCUGGGGUCAGUACAGUUUAGUGUCUGUGUACGCUGUAGCUAAAUUAUGUCUUUCACUGAACCAAUGGGACGCAGUGAACAAGCCUUCAUUUUGUCAGUGACCUUUGAUGUAAAUUGAGAUGAAAAGAAAUCUGUCACACCAAUACUUCGCUCCCGUUUCAAACAUUUUUGUUUUCGUUUCCUGUUUUCGCUGAAAGUUGUUGUACUCUUAGGACCACAUUUUUCUCCAUUGCCUUCCUGUGCAAUUCCACUGGAAAAACGUUCCCUCUUUCAGCAUGAUACGAAGCAAAGUGUAGCACAAGGGGCUGGGAUUUUACCAGGCUAGGUAUUUACUGACUUAUUCUAAUAAGACACACUGGACUGAGACACAGCAGAGAGGUGAGAAGUCCAGAUAUGUUAUCUUUCCACAAAUAACAGAAGACACAAAAGAAGCACAUGCACCAGCCUUGCCUCGGUCGGUCGGACGGCCUCGCUGUGUGAAUGGGUGAAUGACUCUCUUUCACAGUGUUUUCACACUGAACACAGUGUGUAGCGCUUUGGGUCCUUUGGACUUAAUCCAGUCCAUUUCCAAGCAGGUCCAGCUGGAAAACAAAAU